CAAGAUGGCGGCCCCCAGGGCACAAUGAGCCCGCUCCGGCCGCCGCCGCGCCGCCGAGGGGGAGGCGGGCAGGCAGGGCGGCUGCCGUGCGGUCCCGCCACCCGAGGCUGAGCCGGCCGCUGACGCCGGGCUGCGGAGCCGCGAGCGAGGAGGGAGGACUCGUCAGUGAGGUCCCUCCGGGGCGAGUGAGCCGGCGCCCGGGGGGGAAUGUGGGGUGCCCUGCUGCGGCGCGGGGGGGGCCGCGGCACCGGCGGCCUGCGGGGGCUGGUGUCGGUCGGUCCGCCCUGGAGCCAAGUGGUGUCGGAGGCCGAGAAGAUCGUGGGGUACCCGACGUCCUUCAUGAGCCUGCGGUGCCUGCUGAGCGACGAGCUGAGCAACAUCGCCAUGCAGGUCCGCAAGCUGGUGGGCACCAAGCACCCGCUGCUCGACACCGCCCGGGGUUUUGUCUCCGAUAGCCGAAAUAAUUUACAGAUGCGAGGUUUGGUCAUAUUGCUUAUUUCCAAAGCUGCUGGACCCAGCACAGCAGAACUCUCUUUCCAGCACAGCAUGGUCAGUGGAAUUUAUUCCAGUCAAAGAAGUCUGGCUGAGAUUACGGAACUGAUCCACACUGCCUUUCUGGUGCAUCGUGGAAUAGUGAAUAUUGGUGAGCUCAAGUCCUGCGAUGGCCCGCUGAAGGAUAUGCAGUUUGGAAAUAAAAUGGCUGUUUUGAGUGGAGAUUUUCUUCUGGCAAAUGCUUGCACAAGCCUUGCGCAGUUGCAGAAUACCAAGGUUGUGGAGCUCAUUUCAAGUGCUAUUGGCGACUUAGUUCAAGGCAUAUAUUAUGAAAACUCAAAAUCAUCUGAGGAGAACUCUCUUACAGACGAUAUCGGCAUAUCUACGUGGAAGGAGCAGGUUUUCCUGUCACACAGUGCCUUGCUGGCAAAGAGCUGCCAGGCUGCGAUGGAGCUAGCAAAGCACAGCGCUGAGAUUCAGGACAUGGCAUUUCAGUAUGGAAAGCACAUGUCUAUGAGUCACAAGCUACAUUCGGACCUUCAGCCAUUUGUUAAAGAAAGUUCUAGUGACACCACGGCCUUCAGUUUGAAUUCUGCUCCUGCAGUCCUGCAUCAGGAAUUCCUUGGGAGGGAGGCAUGGAUUAAACAGAUCAGAGAGGCACAAGGAAAAGGAAAUAUAAUGGACUACAAGAAGCUGCGGGAAGCCAUCAAGGCCGGCAAAGGUGUGACUUCUGCCAUCGACCUCUGCCGCUGCCACGGGAAGAGAGCGCUGGCGGCCCUGGAGCGCUUCCCUCCCUCUGAGGCCAGGGCCGCCUUGGCCAACAUCGUCUACGCCGUCACCAGGUUUCCCUGACCCACCACCCCCGGGAGCAGCCGCUCUCCCUCCACCGGCGGGAGCCGACCCACCGGGGACGCCGCCGAGGAUGCCCCCGCACCACCGGUCACCUCGUCCCCCUCCAGGACCCGACGGAGGAACACGCACCAGUUGCUGCCACCACCAGCAAAAUUCGGGAGGGGGAAGAAAAGGAAAAAAAAACAACAAAAAAACAAAAAAAGGUCACAGCCGGCUUUUCGCUUGUCGUGCCAGAAGCGCACUUGAGGCUGCACCAGUAGAAAUAAUUAAUGAGUCCCGUUUCCGUGACCUCAGCAAAUGGACAGGAAAUAAGUCGGUAUUGAUUGGGCACCGGCGGGGACGGCGCCAGGGCGGAGGCCGGUGGUUUUCCUGCCCCAGGGAUGGAGGGAGGGAUGGAUGGAUGGAUGGAUGGAUGGAGGGGUGUGAAGAUCCAGGUGUCACAAGAAACCCACUCAAAGCUGCCCGGAGAGAGUGAGCUGCCGAAGCCAGGAAUUAACGCUCCCGCUAAUCAAGGGGAAGGGCAGUCCGGGAGAUUAAUGGGGGAAAAUCCUCUCUCUCUCUGCGUGCAGUCAUGUCUCUGCACACUGUGUUUAUGUAUUCAAAUGUAAAAUUACCCUGUGCCUAAUGCUUUCUGUAUUUGAGAAACUUGCUGAGAAAAUGUGUCAAGCAUGGUAAGUAGGAGCUUUAAAAUAUUUAAUCAAAUAUUAAUUUGGCUCUGUUAAGGGAAGUGACUGCCUGGGUUUUAUACUGUGCGUAUAGAAUGUGUGGCUCUGGGUCAAAGAAUGAGGUUUUUCCAACUCUCCUGGGGGAGGGAAUAUCCUUCCCUCAGAUCAGGCAGUUUGUUUCAACACGAUCUUACACAAAAGCAUUUCCUAGGUUUGUGACACUUGCGUUGUUGAAGCCAAAUAAAUGUUAAUUUGUAAGGCUAGACAUCGGCCUUUGGCAGAAGGGAAGGAGGAGUGCUCUUCUGUGAGUACCGUCUUUCACCGCGCUGAAUAAAACGCAGAAAAUCCUGGAGAAGUUUUGAACCCGAGUGUGUUGAAUUUUCAAGUCCAAUUACAGACAGCGUCUAAGGUGUAUCAGGAGCCUGCAAUUUGAGACCGUCUCUGUUUUGUUCAUGGGAGAUGAUUUCUGUGGUUUGCAUGCGGGCAACCCGAGAGCGCCGUUGACAAGAAGGCUGAGUUUACAUAAGUGAUCUAGAUUGAGACUCAGCUACCUUUCUUCCUUCUGUGGUGUAAUUACAGCCCAAUCUGGAGACAGCUAGCACAGCAAACAGAUUUCAUUACAUCGCUCGCUCAAACACUAAGUGGAGUGAUUUCUGUGGAAUUCUCUCCUCCCUCCUUCCCCCCCCUGCACCCCUUCCCCCUGCCGCACGGCUGGUUUGUCAGAGACCAGCAUGUUGUGUUCCACCCAAUGCAAAAUAUAAAUAAAAACUCUAUCCUCUAAAAAUAUACUGAAAAUACACGCUGCAUAAUGUACAUAAUAGUCUGUGUAAUAUAUGCCUAUAUUAUACCAUAAUAUUGUAUGUAGAAUAAGCACCCUUGAGACACAGUCUUUGUACGGGAGCAGCAUCCAGAACUUGGGACUCGCUUUGUUCUGGAGAAUGGCUUCAACGCCGGACCUUGCACUUUCUUUCUUGUGCCUCCCUGGCCUUUUCUCUCCUCCCAGGGCUCUGGCACUCCUGCCUGAGGUAGCACUGUGGCUGCAGAGAGCAGAGGAACUCGGAGAAGCGUGGCCCAGGCAGUGGCAGUCACAGGCAUCUGCCUUUGCUAAACGCCCUACGUUUUCACCUGUGAAGUUUCCUGAAGUUCUGCUCAUGUAAAACAUGUGCUUGAAAGAAAUACCUGCAUUCAACCAGAGUCGUAUUUCAGCUUUUUUUGGCUCUGGUUAGGAGCCGUACAUCGUCUUUUCUUUGUCUUACAUCUACACCAAGGGGUUCGUAAUGAUUUAGGGCUGCAAGAAGCUUGGGUCUGCUGAAGCUACUCUGAGCCAUCUCCCCUCAGUCACCUCAGUUGUGUGAAGGAAAUAUCAAACAUACUGCAAAACUGUGUACGCCUGGUUUACUUCUUCAUGAAAGUACAAUUCUUUUAUUUGUACUUUUUACUAAUAAAGGCAAAUCAGCAAAAAUUAA